ACUUGAAGUCUCUCUAUGUUAGCUUGUUUUAUAAGAGGGAACUGCAAAGAAAGACAAGUUAUUUCGGAAGCACUGAAGCACAGAUCAGACAAACAGAAGGUCAGCCAUGGCUUUGCCUGGAAAGCUUUUGGAACAACUAGUAGUGCUGCUACAUCUGAUUACUGGGGUCCAGCUAGUUUUAUCAGCACCUCAACCCAAUGAUCCGAGCUGCAACCGCACAUGCGGAAAUGUUAGCAUCCCCUACCCAUUUGGUACAAGCAAGGGCUGCUACCUUGAUUCAUCUUUUCUCAUCAUAUGUAACUACUCUUUCCAGCCCCCAAAACCAUUUCUGGGCGUUGAUCAUAAUAUAGAUGUCCUCAACAUCUCUCCUGAUGGUGAACUUCGAGUCUCAAACUUGGUAUUCCGUCGUUGCCAAUGGUGGCCAGAGUUUGAUAAUCAGCCUAGUCUCAGCCGCAUCUCUGCCUUGCUCAACUUGUCGAAAUUUAGCAUCUCACUUGAGAAGAACAGUAUCUUUGCCGUCGGUUGUAACUUUUACGCCUAUAUUAGUGGCUCGCAUGAACAAGAUUAUACGUUCAUGUCUGGGUGCAUAUCAUUCUGUGGCAACAGUUCCGGUUUGGUUAACGGCUCUUGCUCUGGCCUUGGCUGUUGCCAUUCUGCAAUCCCAGAAAACACAACGAAUUAUAAUUUGAACGUUCAGAGCAUGUACACUAAUGGAUCCGGCAGAACCUCGGGGCAAUCAUGUGGUUUAGGUUUUAUAGGGGAAACACAGGCAUACAACUUUUCCACCUUAGAUUUUACAAAUUUAACGAAAAGGGAGACUGUACCCCUGGUGCUUGAUUGGGCAGUUGGAAAUAAGACGUGCAAAGAUGCUCAGAAAAGUAUGACAAGCUAUUUAUGCAAAGCAGCAAAUAGUAGUUGUUCGGAACCCCAUGGUCGUGGGUAUAUUUGCAAGUGUCCCCCAGGUUAUCAAGGGAACCCAUACCUUCCUGAUGAACACAAGGAUAGUUGCCAAGAUAUUGAUGAGUGCAAAGAUCUUGAUCGGAAUCCCUGCAAUGCUACUGCAACAUGUACCAACACUAUCGGGAACUACACAUGUAUAUGUCCCAAUGGAUAUGAAGGCGAUGGGAGGAAGCCGCCUGGAACAGGUUGUAGUCGAAAAGGCCAAUCCAAGAUCAUGAUUAUUGCCCUGGGUGUCUGCAUAAGCCUUUUAAUCCUGCUCGUGGGAAGUUCGUUGGUAUAUUGGGUAAUGCAAAGAAGAAAGCUCAAAAAAUUGAAACAGAAGUUCUUCAAACAAAAUGGUGGCUUAAUCUUAGAACGACAACUUCUGAAUCACAAAGAGUCUGUUGAGCCAGCUAAAAUCUUUAGUGCAGAAGAGCUUGAAAAGGCCACUAACAACUAUCAUAAAAGUAGAGUCAUUGGCCAAGGAGGCUUUGGAACUGUUUAUAAAGGAGUUUUACCAAAUGAUAGAGUGGUCGCCAUUAAGAAGUCCAAUGUUGUUGAUCAGAGCCAAAUUGAGCAGUUUAUAAAUGAGAUGGUUGUGCUUACUAAAAUUAAGCACAAGAAUGUGGUGAAGUUAUUAGGUUGUUGUCUUGAGACCGAAGUACCCUUACUAGUAUAUGAAUUCAUCACAAACGGGACACUUUUUGAGCAUAUUCAUGAUAAAAACCUGUCAUCCUCGCUCUCAUGGGAGAAACGUCUAAAGGUAGCAUUAGAAACUGCAGAAGCGUUAUCAUACAUCCAUUUCGAGACUUCUAUGUCUAUUAUACAUAGAGAUGUGAAAACUACAAAUAUACUUCUGGAUGAAAACCAUACAGCAAAAAUGUCUGACUUUGGAGCUUCAAGAUUAGUGCCUCUUGACCACACAAGAUUAACAACCGUGGUGCAGGGAACUUUGGGAUACUUGGACCCAGAAUACUUCCAUACUAGCCAACUAACUGGAAAAAGUGAUGUGUAUAGCUUUGGUGUUGUUAUUGCAGAGCUACUAACAGGUGAAAAAGCACUUUCCAUGGAUAGGCCUGAAAGUGAAAGAAAUCUAGCAAUGUAUUUUGUUACUGCAAUAAAAGAGGAUCGCCUCCUUCAGAUUAUUGAUGAUCGCAUUCUCAAAGAAGGUAAUACUGAGGAAAUAAAGGAAGUUGCUAAUAUAGCAAAAAAGUGUUUAAAUGUAAGAGGGGAGGAUAGACCUAGUAUGAAGCAAGUAACAAAGGAGUUGGAGGGAUUAAGACUUUCAGAAAAACACUCGUUGAAAAAGGUUGAUCCCAACACACAACAGACUAAACACUUGCCUAAUGCACCUACACAUUCUUUGGGAAUUGAUGUUGACAUCGGCAGCUCUUCCAUCAAUACUGUUGUUGCGGAUGACAGCAUGAGAAAUCAAGUAGUUAAACCAACAGAUGAUGAUGCUAGAUAAUUUGUUCAUCCUCAUCGAAGGCUAGCAUAGCCCAUCUCUCGUAGUCGUCGACAUUCAUCAUCACCACCCAUUUUAUUAUUUGCCCCUCCC